AUGCUUUGCGACUGGCCGUGCGAUUUGUCCAGCAAGACUGCAUCGACCGUCGUGAGCGCUCUGGAAGGGGCGGCGGGAAUGGAGCACGCCAUGUCGUUGUAUCGGGCCUGGGCGGACGCCUACGGGCUCUCCCCCGACUCGCUGCUUCCGCCCUCCCCCCUCUCCCUUCCGCCCUCCCUCCCCCCCGCCCCUCAUCUCGAGGACUGCGCCACGCUCACAGCGCUGCGCCAGCAGGCGGAGCAACGGGGGGAAGGGGGGGAGCCGCCAGCUUGGGCGGACCCCCCGCGGAGCAGUGAGGGCGGGUGCUGUCAGCCGCGGGGCACAUGGCAUGCGGAAAGUUCACCUUCAGACUCCUCGUCGUCCUCAUCCUCCUCCUCCUGCAAUCGCCCACCACAGCCACCGUGGGUGCGGGGGGCGGACAGCAACAGCCUGGCCAUGACGCGCCAAUCGCAGCGCGACAUCUGGCUGCACCAGAUGCUGCCUCCCCGCGCCUGCCAGGGCCGGCGCCUGCUGCUCGUGCCGUGGAGCACCGGCAUGUACCAUGGCGUGGGGUCGCAGGUGCAUCUGAUGGGCGCGUUCCUGGGCCUGGCAAUGCUGCACAACCGCACGCUCAUCCCGCUCGCCAACUCCUUUGACCGCGCCAACCACCCCCACUGCCAAGCGACGGGGCAGCAGGGCGCGUGGGAGUGUUUCUUCUUCCCCAUGGUGUCCCCCGACUGUGAGGCGGAGCUCAACCGGCUGCGAGCACGGGAUGGCAUCGGGGACUGCGUCACGGGGGAGGAGCUCGGGUACGAUAGGGCUGCGCAGUCGGAGCAGCAG